UAAAGCUGCUAUUGGUGCACAUUGGUUAGCUUUCAUUGUCCUCCAUAAGUUUGAGAAAAUCAACAUGCAUGGGAGUGUUGAACAUGAGCCGGAAUUGGGGGUGCCAGCGAGGGAGGCGUGGGAUCUCUAUGGUACACUUCGACUUGGAAAAUUCCUCGAGAAAGAAUUACCAAAUUUGUUUCGGAAGGUGGAACUCGUUGAAGGUGAUGGUGGACUUGGAACUAUCCUCAUUAAAACUCUACUCCCCGGUAAAUUGGGGAUAACUUUUACCAAAGAGAAGGUCACAAAGUUGGACAAUGAAAAUCGAAUAAAAGAAAAUGAGCUUAUUGAAGGAGGAUAUUUGCAAUUAGGGUUUACUUUGUUCAAAAUUCAGUUUGAAGUAAAAGAGAAAGGAGAAGACUCAAGCAUCCUCAAAACAACAAUUCAGUAUGAACUCAAUGAAGAAGAAGAAGCAGCUUUAGCCAAAGCCCCACUUGUUUUCAAUGCUAUUAAGGAGGCUGCCAAUGUUGCUCAACUUGCCAAAAUUCAUCUCAACAAAAAAUGAAAAAAAAAAUGAAAAUCAAAUAAUUUAUCUGUGUGAACUUCAUUAGAAUUAUUCAAAAUCUACCAACAAUAGGUGAUUUAAGCAAUCUCGGUUUUAAAGUUCUCUUAAAUUAAAUAAGGGCUUUAAGUUUGAGUGAUUCCAAAAAAUUAAAAAGAAAAAAAUUAUCACUAUAAUGGCUUUACAUUUAUGUAUUCCGCCUCAAAAAUAAGGAACGGAAAGUUUGUGUUUAUUUGAGGUUAUUAAAGACUAUUGUUUAUGUAUCUGUUUGAAAUUAUAGAAAUAUUCUUUUU